AUGUUUGAUAAUACGCAGUAUCCGUACAACUGCUUCAAUUAUGACGGUGACGGAUACCCUACCUGUGGUACUGAUGACGAGAAGAAAAUGUGUCGACCUGCGUACAGCUACAUCGCGCUCAUCGCCAUGGCCAUCCAGCAGAGCCCCGGGCGCAGGGUCACUCUGUCCGGCAUCUACGAGUUCAUCAUGCGGAGGUUCCCCUACUACCGCAGUAACCAGCGCGCCUGGCAGAACUCCAUCCGGCACAACCUGUCCCUCAACAGCUGCUUCGUCAAGGUUCCCAGGACUGAAGGCAAUGAAAAGGGCAAAGGAAACUACUGGACUUUCGCCACAGGAUGCGAGUCCAUGCUGGACCUCUUUGAAAACGGCAACUUUCGCCGCCGCCGCCGCAGACGCAACAUCAAGAUGGGCUUCCGGGAGCCCCCUGAGGCCUUCCUGCCCAUGGAGGGUCCGCAGGAGACCCCCAUGGGGCAGCUAGACUCCAGCCCCUUCUGCUCCAUUGACCCCAGCCAGAGACAAGCCCCACUGAACCCCCCCUCCCUGGGAAAACCUGAUUCUGAAAUUAAGUUCAGCAUUGACUACAUCCUCUCCACCCCAGACCCCGCUCCUGGCUUUCGCCCCCCUCAUUCCAGCACCACGGGACCCCAGAUUCAGCUGCUGGAGCCCCAGCACCUCAAUCUGCACUUCUGGACCAUGUGACCCUCUGACGGCUGUGAGUAGAACUGUGCCGUAGCCCAGCUGGAGACUGCACCCACAGCGGAAGCACAGCUCCUUCCUCUCGCUCGUGAACGUCAGUGUGAAAAUGACCUGCUACCAUAGGCUUCUUUCCCUUGGCUUGGAUGCAAUUUUUAAUCUUUACACAUGAUGUAUAGCUUCGGAUUCGUGUCCCGUGC